AUGAAAGGGUGGUGAAGGAGAGGGUGAGAGAGAGGAAUGGAUGGAACCUCAUAAGAAAUGGUUUGAAGACAGAUUUGGCCAAAGCAGACCUGGAGAGGAAUCAGACCUUACUAGGCUGGAAGGAGGACAGGGGGAGAUGGGCCAAGGCCAAGGCUGGCCUACAAAGAAUCUGGGAUCAACAGGGGGAAAGAUGGAUGACGGAGAAGGAGGAGAUUAAUAGAAGUAGCACACAGGCAGCAGAGGAGUGGAUGAUUGAGUUGAGAGAAAAGGAAAGAGCGAUAGAGGCUCUGGAAGGAGAAAAUAUGAGGAUUCUUUGCCUGCAUGGACAAGAGAAGAAGGGAUGGGAGAUGGAAAAGAGAGUGAUGGAAAUGGAGAAGUUGGAGAUUACAGGGGAGCGGGAGAGAACGAAUAGUGAAAUUGAGAAAAUGCAAAGGGAGAAAGACAGAUGUGAAAUAGAGAAGAAAGAUAUGGUGGAGAGGAUGAAAGAGGCAUACAUAAAGCUGUACCAGAUGCAGACUGCCCUGAGGUUCGGAGAGCAAGAGCAGCCACAGAAGGAAACUAAAACUGCCCAGAGAGUCAGGGCAAAGUUAGAGAAGAAGAAGAGGAAGGAAAGAGAGAUAUUGGAGAAGAACAAAGUGAAAGAGCUGCUCAGAGCUAGAAAAGCAGAGAGUAAGGAAGAAGUGAGGAAGAAUAAGGAGAGGGUGAAAGCCCACCUGGACGAGGUGACAAGGAACUAUAACGAAAAGAAACAGAGGGAGAAAGAAAGAGAAAAUCUGUCAAAAAAGGCACAUGGCAAAGAAAAUCACAUGGCGUACAUCCCAGACAUCGAACUGAAGAAGUCAGAAUGCAACACAGAUGGAAAAGUAAAUACUGUCGGCUGGCUUUGGUUAAAAUUUAAAUUCUGUGGAAUACUUCAUCAAUAAAGCAU